AUGACACGCGCGAUUGUCUUUCUUCAGGCGCCCUCAAUCAUUGAUGAACCGGCGAAUGCGAGGCACUUCUGGACCGUGCAUAGUCGAGCUGCGGCUCGCGCAACAAGUCUUUUAUAUCCGCCUGCAACCCUAGCAGAGGCCGGCAGGCGGAUAUCGGCGUUAUAUGAGAACGUGAUAUUUCAAGACCGCGCGAAUCUCGAGGAUGGGCCUGAUAUUAGUGGAGACGAUGGACGGCGUGCGGGUCGGACCACCAUAUUCUCUUGGGACCCUUCUCUUUCAACGAGGCUUGAUGCGGACACCUUUCUUCGUGCCUCGCCCUCGCGUGUACAGGCUUACGGCGAGACGCAGUUCGAUUCGCAGGGCACCUCCUUCGCUUCCGACACUUCAUCUCUCCUACGCAUCCCCGACUUCCGUCUGAACCUUAAUGCGGUCUCGUCUCUCUCGUCACUCCGUGGAGCAACCAUACCGAAAAAGGUCAACGUACUUGUCGCCGUCUUCGAAGUGGAUGGCCCGAGCAGCAUCAAGGUCAAGAAGGGCGUGGAUGCGGGAAAGGAAGUCUCCGUACUGAACCUCACGUUGGGAGACGAUGAAGGUGUUGUUUGUCGGCUCACUGCGUGGCGAGAGGUUGCGGAGACCUGGGGUGGUCUUUCGAGCGCGACUGGCGUGAAGCGCGGAGACAUAGUCUCUCUCGAAAAUGUGCAUGCCGUCUGGGAGCCUAAGAGUGCCCUCGCGCUGACAGCUUCACCCAACCUCAAGUCAAGGGCCGAGAUAUGUUAUAGAACGAUGCCCCGCUUGUCAUUCCCGGAGGACGCCCGACUUCGUCCCGAUCUCGAACUCGGUCAGAGCGAAGCCGCCGUUAGGCGGGUGAUGACCCUGGUGGAUUGGUUUGAGGCCAUGGCUGGUUUACCAUCUCACUGA